GCCUCUGGACCGGAACAAAGCAGAUGAGGACCUGAGCGUGAUGCAAAGUGAUAGCCCUCCUGCUGAAAGGCCUGGGAAUUCACGAGAGCCAGGGGAACUGGUCCAAACGGACUACAGGCUAUGGCAGACCUUUCUGAGGACACCUUUCCUGCUGAGGUACAGAGUUCCAGUUCAUUCAGCUCCUCUGGAGGACUGCAGCCUGGGUCCCAAGCCUCUGGGAGCAGACCUGAGAGUGGAGAGCUGACCACACCCUUGGAAUGUCGAGACAGACAAUCUGAGCUGUCAGACUACAAAAAUCCUGAAAAGAAGUUCAGUAGAAAAUGGAUCAACUAUCUCAAGGGCAAGGAAACCAACUCUGGACAGUACCAGCCAGACGCUAAACCUCCGACAGAAAUCACUCAGGUGUCCGACCAAGAACUGAAUGCUCUGCAGUCUUUUUGCGCAGUUAAGAUAAGCCUGAUCCGUCACAGAGCAAUCCUGAAGGAGAAAAAGAGCAGCAGACCAAAAAAGCCACCGCUUAGAUUGGAUGCAGAGGCUUCAGAGGCAGAUGCUUUAAACUGUAUUGUGCCCGAUGAACUUUUGAACAGAAUCUACUUAAAAAACAUAAGGACCGCACCGAAACAGGUGGCAACAGAGAAGCAACACAUUUCUUCUCAGUGCCCCGGUUGCAACAGAAAAAGAUCAGAACUGGCUCAAUCGGCCUUUCUGAGACGAAAGAAGACUUUACUGGAGUCACUUCUACUCCAAGAGAAAAUAGACGAACGUCUUUAUACCAAAGACUUUCUUACCCAUAUCAGAGAUGCGCAUCAGGGCCUCCCCAGGCUUUCAGAUGAUCCCAGACUAAUCUGGAAAAGACUGAAUGAGAAAAGUCAGAUCAGAUACUCUCGUUGUGAAAGGUCAGAUACAGAGCAGGUGUGGCAGAAUGAAAAACGUGUUUGUCACUUAGCUUUCCUCCAUCACCUGUCCAAACCACUUACUCUAUCCAAACAGGACAAAGUGUUUAUUAAUGAUAAUGUGUAAUGUGGAUAAAUGUUUCUGUUGUAUAUUUGAAUAAUCAUCAUUCUUACAGGCACUGUGGAAACUAA